AUGAGCCGUCCGUACAGUAAGAACCGUGGCAGGGGUGGGGGCCGCUGGGGACCGGGCCGUGGAGGCUUCCAACAGAACGAUAAUGCUCCCAGUGGGCGCUUCGCCCGCGGGUAUGGGCGAGGUGGCGGCGGCGGCGGCGGCGGCGGUGGCGGUGGUGGUGGUGGUGGCGGCGGUGGCGGUGGUGGUGGCGGCGGCAGCGGGGCGGGAAAGAGGAACAAUAACAGUAACAGUAACAGCAACGCCGCUGGCCGCGACGGCGCAUCCACGUCGGUGAUGACAACCCUCUUGGACCUCCUCUUCCAAAAGUCCGCGGUGGACAUCUUUGACCCGAGCUCUGGCAUGCUGAAUCUCUCGCGGUUCAAGGAGUCGCCGGACCUGCUCAGCGUGCAGCACAGCGUAGAUUUCAACAGUGUGACAUUUUGCAAGAGCCUCGUCGACGUGAUCAAAAAAAAGGUCGGCAACUCCCUUCGCAUUCUCGUGCUGAACGACAACAACAUACGGAAGUUAACCGUUUUCUUGGCGGCGCUGGAGGCGGCGGACGUGUACCGUGGGCUGACUGCCAUCUCUGCAACUGGCAACCACAUCUCCGACCUCACCUUUCUGGGCCCGCUGAAGCGGUACGAGGGUUUGGGGGAGCUGCUGCUGCGGGACAACCCUGUGACGAAGCGCGGCGAAUACAGGGCGCAGGUGAUCAAGGGUCUGCCAAAGCUUAUGAUGCUCGACGGUGAACUGGUUGAUCGCGGACUCAUGCGCCUGCCCAAUCCCGUGCCUGUAGCCCUUAAUGAGGCCCAAGUUGGCGUGCUGCGCUUUCUUGAGAGUAAUGUCUUCGCCGCCGCUGCAUCGCGCAACUACGAUGCCCUGGUUAACUUAUACAGCCCGAGUGUGGUGUGCAGCCUGAGCCGGGCGGAGGAGCCUAUCCCGCGACGUCUGCCGUUUGACGCCGCGCACAACUGCCAUUCCCUGAGCCCGCAGCAACGCAACAUCAUGGCCAACGACUUCUUGAUUCUUCGAAAGCAAAUCCCGUGGCGAAACCUCCACACUGAUGUGCACUCUUUGCGUAAUGUCUCCCUCGGCCGCGCCAAGGCGUCAUUGGCCCUUCAGACUCUUGGCGGUGGUGAAAAGAAGUUCAUCAGCGUUUCACAUGAACUUAACGGAAACGCCAAUGUCGUUUUUCUCUCCCACAACAUGAAAGUGCCGACGUGCGUACUGAGUGUGCAUGGCAGACUCCUUUGGCAUUGGUCCCCAAAGGGCGCUGAUGGGGCAGACUUGAUUCCACGGGACGCGGCGCCCUUCCUCACGUCCUUUUUUGAUCGCACCAUGUCGCUUCUUUGGGACAGCGUCAAUAACAUGUGGACCAUUCAAAAUGAUAUGGUGUUUAUGCGCCCCGACCGUGCACUGUUGCAAGACGACGGGUCAGCGAGUUCCCCUUUGUUCUUUGCGAACCAAGCGACGAGGGUGGAAGUUAUGCGGCGGCGCUACCUGCCGAAUUCCACGCCGGAAGUCAUGCGAAGCGUCAUUGAACACUUUGGCAGCGACGCGGAUGUACAAGCGUUUAUCACGAGUCACCUCCCGACGUUGCCGGCGGACCGCGUAGAAGGGGCUCUGAAGGACCGUGCAGCCAUGCAGUCCCUUCUGCAGGGGUAG